GUGCAGCCAGCGUUGUUGUCGGCCACCCUCUGGACACAGUCAAGACCCGCCUGCAGGCUGGUGUGGGCUACAAGAACACCCUCCACUGCAUCCGCACCGUGUACAGCAGGGAGAGUGUGUCCGGCUUCUUCAAGGGCAUGUCCUUCCCCCUGGUCAGCAUCACCGUCUACAACUCGGUAGUGUUUGGGGUCUUCAGUAACACACAGAGGUUCCUGGGCCAGCUCCGCUGUAGGGAGCCUGGGAGCAGCCCUCCCCGCAGCCUGUCUGAUCUGCUCCUGGCCAGCAUGGCGGCCGGCGUGGUCUCCGUAGGGCUGGGCGGGCCUGUGGACCUCAUCAAGAUUCGGCUGCAGAUGCAAACACAGCCACUGCGGGAAGCCACUCUCAGUGUGAGGUCCAGGGCAGUGGCCCCUGGGGAGCAGCCGGCCUACCAGGGCCCUGUGCACUGCAUCGCCACCGUCGUGCGUACUGAGGGCCUGGCGGGGCUCUACCGGGGGUCCAGCGCCAUGCUGCUCAGGGACGUCCCUGGCUACUGCUUCUACUUUGUCCCUUACGUGUUCCUGAGUGAGUGGAUCUCGCCUGAGCCCCAUGCGAACCUCAGUCCUUAUGCCGUGUGGCUGGCGGGUGGCAUGGCAGGAGCCAUUUCUUGGGGGACAGCAACUCCCAUGGACGUCGUGAAAAGUCGACUCCAAGCUGACGGCGUUCAUUUCAACAAGUACAAAGGUGUCCUGGACUGCAUCUGUCAGAGUUACCAGCAGGAGGGACUGAGAGUGUUUUUCCGUGGCAUCACUGUGAAUGCUGUGCGCGGGUUCCCCACCAGUGCGGCCAUGUUCCUUGGCUACGAGCUCUCGCUGCAGGCCCUCCGCGGGGACCACGCUGUGACCAGCCCGUGAGCACCAGG